AUGAACGAAGCACUCGGGCUGGACGAACUCUCCGAAACUUCCAAAUGCUACCUCCAGGUCUUAGCUGAGGCAUAUGACAAAGCCCAUGGGUGGGACACAAGACGGCAAAUUCUUUCGAUGAUGAGUGGUGUUUCCAAUUAUAAUGAUAUCUCGAGAUUCAUACCUGGCUUAAGUAGAUAUCGUUUUACCAUAGCUAAUCUGCAUUGUCUUCAGCACGGAAGCGGCGCUUCAGUGACCCCCCAGCCUUCAUCAAAGAUAAGAGUCGACCCAAGACAACUGGAUCACUUUUUAUCUUAUAUAACAAGCCCCCAUUUGGUGCAAGAUCUGCCAUUUGGACAAAAAACACUGAAGCUCUCCUCUGGACAACUGGUUGAAGUACCCAAUGUUAUUCGCACCAUGAUACCGCAAAGGAUAGUGCGUCAGUAUACCCAGUACUGCAAAGAGACUGGAUUUGAGGCGUUCAGCGAGCGGACGAUGCUGCGUGUUCUAAAUGAAUGCAAGGCCUCGACCAGAAAGUCUCUCCAAGGCCUUGACUAUUUUGCAGCAGACGGGGCGCGUGCGUUCGAUGAACUAGAAGGCUUGGUUCUUCAAUUGGGGGAGCUUGGUCGUGGAAAGGAGUGGCAAGUGCGAUACGUGAAAUCAUUAAAGGUCGCCAAAUUCUACCUGAAGGGUGAUUUCAAGGUAAGCAACCGAAAGUGUCAAGAGUUCCAAGAAAAUUGGAUUAUGUUUUUCAAGCAGGGUUAUCUUAUUUCACAAAUGGAUGGAAGCAUGGCACGAAAAAACCGUUCCGAUGACAGGUCCACCCUGACUGGGAAAUAUACGUCACUCAGGUUCACGUGAGCGCUUCUUCUCCCGUUGUAAGUCAUUGCAGUGUAUUUGCUCUGAGUGACACCGAAGAUUCUGACCUGCGGCAGCAAUGCAAACACAACCAUGAUGAGCUCUGUGACCAAUGUGAAAGCUUGCAUUCGACCCUGAACGACAUAUCUACUGCGGUCGAUGAAGCAUCUUUUACCACAGAAGAAGACAAAGACGAAGCUUUGUUUCUCGUUAGCUCUGCUACGCUUGCCAUCAAGUCAUGGAAGUGCCAUUUGCUGAGGUCGACCCAUCAAGAUCAGGCUCGUUUGGACGUCAUCGAUGCCCUUAAUUCUGGAACAGUAUUCCUCGUAAAUGACUGGGCCAUGAAGUUCUUGCCUCAGAGAUACCGCGAGUCACAGACAGACUGGUUUGGUAAGCGGGUAUUUCUUGGCACAUAUCUGUGGUAUACAGACGAAUGGAGGGUGUGCUACAGUGGCAAGCCUUUAUCCAUGUGA